GUCCCGAUGCUACUAUAUUUUAGCAGAGCUGUUCUCACGGGAGAGACGGAGGAUGCUAGUGACGCCGUUGUUUAUUUAGAGUCGUGAUGUGAUGUCUUAUUGAGAUUAGAUGGUAAUCUGCAGCAAUGGUGUCUUUGGGAAGAGUUGCUAAACUACAAAUUGGAGUUUUCCACAGUGCUCUCUCAUGCGCCUCUAUCAAAGCAACCGGGGGGUAUAUAUCUCAGAUACAGUCCAGGCUGCGGCUCCAAUGGGGUCCUCACAAAGCAGCUUUCUGUAGUACUAGAGCGCCCUCCUGUGAUAUCACGGUCCAGUAUAAGCAUGGUCGCCCAGUGCUGGCAAUCCCCUUACCCUCCAGGAGGGAGCGCUGUCUGUUCUCCCUGAGGCCCAUGCUCAUGAACGUGGGCGACUUCAUCCAGGAUGUGCAGAGGGAGGAUCCCGGCGUGACAACCACUGCCGUGCUGAGCGAAGAUGGAGAGCGCUUGUCCUCCUGCACUUCUGUGGAAACUCUGCUCCGAAGAGACUUCCGGAUCCUCAUUAAUGAUGUCACUUACCACGUACACUCUCCAGCCAGAGCAGAAGGGAUGCCCACUGAGCAGCUCACAAACCUGGAGGACCUGAAGGCCAUGGUCCACACACUGCACACAGCCCUGCAGCUGCCCCGGCACCACCAGCUGCAGGAGAGGGAGCUCCUGGAGAAGCUGGACUCCCUCAGACAACAUCUGGUGCCCCUGGAGAAGGUUAAAUCCCAGGUGGAGCAGAGGGCGGAGAGCAUGUGCUCCUGGGGGGUGUGGGCCGGUCUGGCCGUGCUGUCGCUCCAGGGCGGGGUCCUGGCCUGGUUCACCUGGUGGGUGUACUCCUGGGACAUAAUGGAGCCCAUCACCUACUUCCUCACCUACGCCACCAGCCUCGGCUUCCUGUCCUACUUCAUCCUCACCAAACAGGAAUUUGCUUAUGCAGAAGCCAAAGACAGAAAGUUCCUGCAUUACUUCUACAAAGCGGCCAGGAGGCAGGGCUUCGACGUGAACGAGUACAACAAGCUGAAGGAGGAAGUCGCUGCGGUGGAGGACAACCUGAGACGUCUGAGGAAGCAGAUACAGCUUCGGCUGCCCCUGGAGCAGAUCCAGACCAAACCUUGAGCCAUUCAGAUACACAACCGCACCGAAAACGCAUAUACACCAAUAUCCACACCGUUACGGCGACAGACUCUCACUGAACCAAUAUAUGCACCGUUACAGUGAGGGAAUCCACACUGAAAUAUAUACACCCUUUUACAGUGACACAAACCCCCAAACACUCGCACCCCAACAGAAACAAUCAAAAACCCACAUCAUACACUGCCUCACGCAGACACAAGAGCGUGCACACUUCCAAACACAAACUCAAGAAUGGGUGCUAGCAAAAGCAAUUCCAGUUUUUUUUUUCCCCUAACGGAUCAUUUUUAUAAUUGUGCCUUUUCUUACUUUUCCUUUUUCUUAAAUGUUUUUAAACUUGGUUUAAAAUGCAGCCAGUUGCACACCAAACCCUAGAGCAGGCCUGCCCAACCCUGUUCCUGGAGAUCUACUGACCUGUAUAGGUAUUCAGUCCAACCCGAACAAAUCACACCUCAUUCCACAGCUUGUCGAGCUGCCAAUUAGUAGAAACUGGUGUCAAUUUUUGGAUGAAAUGACAACACACAGAAUGUGUAGAUCUCCAGGAAUAGGGUUGGGCAGCCAUGCUCUAGCAGUUGAAUGAGGUGUGUUUGUUAGAUUUGAAAUGAACCUACAGGACAGUAAAUCUCCAGGAACAGGUUUGGGCCUAUUCUAGACAUCACCCCUGAGGACCUAGAGCCCAGUUACUCAAAUCACAGCCCUUGAGGUCCAAGAAUUUAACUCACCUCACCUGGUUUCUUAGGUCUGAAGUGGUUGCUGAUAUCAAGGCCAAAAAAAAAAAAAGACCCCGUGACUCUCCAGGAGCUGGAACACAGAUUACUGCCAUACAGAUAUCCAUUUUCAUCAGUCCUUUUGUUUCUUCAGUCUUGUCCUAAUAAAAGGUUAUGUUCCAUA